AUGGCGGCGGCUGAGGCGGCGAUGGCGGCGCGGGAGGAGCCGCCGGGAGCGGGAGCGGUGCCGGGCCCGGAGCAGCAGCAGCAACCGGGAGCCAUGGAGGAACCGGGAGCCAUGGAGGAACCGGCAGCCAUGGAGGAACCGGCAGCCAUGGAGGGAGCGGGGCCGGCGGGGGAAGCGGGGCCCGCAGCGGCGGCGGAUCCCGGAGCGGGGCCGGGCCCGGAGCGGCCCGAGCUGUGCUUUGAGGAGGAGGAGGUGCAGCACGAGGAGGAGCUGCUCCGGAACCCGUUCUCGGUGCGGGGGUGGCUCCGUUACGCGCAGGCCCGGCAGCGCGGGCCCCGCCCCCGCCUCAACCAGAUCUACGAGAGAGCCCUGAGGGAGCUGCCCGGCAGUUACAAGCUGUGGUACCAGUACCUGCGGCAGCGCCGGGCCCAGGUCAAAGGUCGCUGUCCCUCUGACCCCGCCUUCGAGGAGGCCAACGCCGUGCACGAGAGAGCGCUGGUGUUCAUGCACAAGAUGCCGCGGAUCUGGCUGGAUUACUGCCAGUUCCUGGCCGAGCAGGGCCGCAUCACCCGCACGCGCCGCACGUUUGACCGGGCGCUGCGGGCGCUGCCCAUCACGCAGCACCGGCGCCUCUGGCCGCCCUACCUGAGCUUCGUGCGGCGCCACCCGCUGCCCGAGACCGCCGUGCGCGUCUUCAGGAGGUUCCUCAAGCUGUGCCCAGAGGAAGCAGAGCAGUACGUGUCGUACCUGCGCUCCGUGGGCCGCCUGGACGAGGCCGCGCAGGUUCUGGCCCGGCUGGUGAACGACGAGCGCUUCGUGUCCCGCCAGGGCAAGUCCAACUACCAGCUCUGGCAGGAGCUGUGCGAGCUGCUGUCCCAGCACCCCGACCGCGUGCGCUCGCUGGACGCCGGGGGCAUCAUCCGGGGGGGGCUCACGCGCUUCACCGACCAGCGGGGCCGGCUCUGGGGGGCGCUGGCCGACUGCUACGUGCGCUGCGGGCACCUGGAGAAGGCCCGGGACGUGUACGAGGAGGCCGUGCAGACGGUGAUGACGGUGCGCGAUUUCACGCAGGUGUUCGACAGCUACGCGCGCUUCGAGGAGAGCGUGAUCGCCGCCCUGCUGGACACGCAGGCGCAGCUGGGGCAGGGCCAGGACGAGGAGGUGGAGCUGGAGCUGCGCCUGGCCCGUUUCGAGCGCCUGAUGUCGCGGCGGCCGCUGCUGCUGAACAGCGUGCUGCUGCGCCAGAACCCGCACAACGUGCACGAGUGGCACAAGAGGGUGGCCCUGCACCAGGGACAGCCCGACAAGAUCAUCCAGACGUUCACGGAGGCCGUCCGCACCGUGGAUCCCCAGCGCGCCACCGGCCGCCCCCACGAGCUCUGGGUGGCGUUCGCGCGCUUCUACGAGGACAACGGGCAGCUGGACGACGCCAGGUCCAUCCUGUCCCGCGCCACCCGUGUCCGGUUCCGUCGGGUCGAGGACCUCGCCGCCGUCUGGUGCGAGUUCGGGGAGCUGGAGCUGCGGCACCAGCGGCACCAGGAGGCGCUCGCCGUGCUCAGGAAAGCCACGGCCCUCCCCUCCCGCCGCGCCGAGUACUUCGACAGCUCGGAGCCGGUGCAGAACCGGCUCUACAAAAACCUGAGGGUGUGGGCGAUGCUGGCAGACCUGGAGGAGAGCCUGGGCACCUUCCAGUCCACCCGCAGUGUGUACGAGCGCAUCCUGGACCUGCGCAUCGCCACCCCCCAGAUCGUCAUCAACUACGCGCUGCUGCUGGAGGAGCACGGGCGCUUCGAGGACAGCUUCAAGGCCUACGAGCGCGGCAUCGCGCUGUUCCGCUGGCCGCACGUCGGGGACCUGUGGCUCACGUACCUGUCCAAGUUCGUGGCCCGGUACGGCGGCCGCAAGCUGGAGCGCGCCCGGGACCUCUUCGAGCAGGCGCUGGACGGGUGCCCCCCCCAGCACGCCAAGACCAUCUACCUGCUGUACGCGCGCCUGGAGGAGCAGUUUGGGCUGGCACGGCGCGCCAUGGCCGUGUACGAGCGGGGCACGCGGGCGGUGCCACCCGAGCAGCAGCGCGACAUGUUCCACAUCUACAUCCGGCGGGCAGCCGAGCUCUUCGGGGUCACCCACACGCGCCCCAUCUACCAGCGGGCCAUCGAGGUGCUGGGUGACGAUGCCGCGCGGGAGCUGUGCCUGCGCUUCGCCGACAUGGAGUGCAAGCUGGGCGAGGUGGAUCGGGCACGCGCCAUCUACACCUACUGCUCCCAGAUCUGCGACCCCAGGAUCACGGGCAGUUUCUGGCAGACGUGGAAGGAGUUUGAGAUCCGCCACGGGAACGAGGACACCAUCCGGGAGAUGCUGCGGAUCAAGCGCAGCGUCCAGGCCACCUACAACACCCAGGUGAACUUCAUGGCCUCGCAGAUGCUCAAGGUGUCGGGCAGCGCCACGGGCACAGUGUCAGACCUGGCCCCGGGGCAGAGCGGCCUGGACGAGAUGAAGCUGCUGGAGCAGCGCGCGGAGGCGCUGGCGGCCGAGGCACAGCGGGACACGCCCCGCCCCGCCCAGCAGGUGCUGUUCGUCAGGGCCGAGGGUGCCGGGGGUCGGAGCCACCGCUGUCGCUGCAGGGGAACCCCGAGGAGAUCGACCUGGACGAGGAGGGGGAGGAGCCCGACGAGGUGCAGCUGGAGCAGAGGAAGGGUCCCGGCCUCGGUGUUUGGGGGGCUCAAGGACGACUGAGACCCCCCCCGCGGGGGGGCGCCCCUCCCCCACCCCCUGCCCC